AUGAGUGACAAUCUUAUGGAAAAAGUUAGCGCCUUUGGCGAGCGUCUCAAGAUUGGAGGCACUGAAAUGAGCAAGAAGGUGAGUGCCGGUGUUAGCUCGAUGAGCUUCAAAGUGAAGGAACUCUUUCAAGGUCCAAACCCAGCCGAUAAAAUAGUUGAGGAUGCGACCUCGGAGAAUCUAGAGGAACCCGACUGGGCUAUGAACUUGGAAAUAUGUGAUAUGAUCAAUCAAGAAAAGAUUAAUAGUGUUGAUUUGAUCCGUGGAAUAAAGAAAAGGAUGAUGAUGAAGCAGCCAAGAACUCAGUACCUUUCCCUGGUGUUGCUCGAGACGUGUGUUAAGAACUGCGAGAAGGCAUUCUCGGAAGUGGCAGCUGAAAGAGUUCUUGAUGAAAUGGUUAAGUUGAUAGAUGAUCCUCAAACAGUUGUCAAUAACCGGAACAAAGCUUUGAUGCUGAUUGAAGCUUGGGGGGAGUCGACCAGUGAACUCCGCUAUUUACCAGUUUUCGAAGAAACUUACAAGAGCUUAAGAUCAAGAGGUUCCCAUUUUCCUGGACGUGACAAUGAGAGCUUGGUUCCUAUUUUUACCCCUCCUCGCUCAGCUUCAGCCCCGGAAGUGGAUGCUAAUGUCCCUCAGCAUGUGCAUUAUGAUGUUCCUCCUGUACAAAGCUUUACUGCUGAGCAGACAAAGGAAGCAUUUGAUGUAGCAAGGAACAGCAUCGAGCUUCUUUCCACAGUUUUGUCCUCUUCUCCUCAACAUGAUGCUUUACAGGAUGACUUGACAAUGACACUCGUACAGCAAUGUCAUCAGUCCCAAACCACCGUUCAAAGAAUCAUCGAGACAGCUGGAGACAACGAAGCACUUCUGUUCGAAGCCUUGAACGUGAACGAUGAGCUCCAGAAAACGCUGUCCAAGUACGAAGAGAUGAAGAAGCCCUCAGCACCUCUAACCGCUCCUGAACCAGCCAUGAUUCCUGUAGUUGUUGAGCCUGACUCCCCGAUUCAGGCCAAAGAAGAGUCUUUGGUCCGAAAACCCUCAGGUUCCCGAGGUGGGACACGCGAAAGUAAUGCUGAUGACAUGAUGGAUGACCUCGACGAGAUGAUAUUCGGCAAGAAAGGCAGUAGUGGGGGUUCCCCGUUUGAUGCCGCUUCUUUUGGGCAGGACAGGAAGAAGCAGCAAUCGUCUAAAGACCAUGAUGAUGAUCUCAUCCGCUUCUAAGAUACAUUUUCCGACGAAUUUCCGGGGAAGAGGAUGAACAGAUGAAGGCUGUUUUUAUGAUUUAUCAUCUGACUGAAUGAAAAAAAUCGGUGGUUUUAUGGGCAUUUUCUGUAAGUAAUAGGCUUCCCGGAUUUGGUUAUGAGAUGGGUUAUGAAGAAACUAGAUGCUAUCAAAGAGUUAUGUCUUUUACCAUAUAAUCUGUGUUCAUUUGGUUACUAGUUAUCCAUAGUUUUUAUCAUUGGUAUAAUUUUGUCUCACCAUUGCUAAUUUGUGAUUUUUCUCAAUUGCAAUUGA